AUGCUAUCCUCAGCAGUGCAUGAGCCAAGACAAACCUUUGGUACAUACUCAAACGACUGCCUUUCUAAAACAGGAUAUAGGGGCUAGGCUGUUCAUACAACCAACUAUCAUACCAAUGGAACAGGCAGAGAUACUUAUAUUGUUCGAGAUAAUGGAGGAUUUUUUCAGAUGUAUGAGCCUUGCAAAUAUGGCGAUAUUGGUACAUUUAGUCCUAAGAGAAGUUAUAGAGGACCAGCCCCAGCUAUAUAAGGCAAGGCUGUGCAAUAUCAUUCAGAUGGAACUGGAAGAGAUGGUUAUUGUGUUUAAACAUCAGGUGGCUUCAAUAAUCCCCCAUGCAAACUCAUGGAAUAUAGAUAAGCAUUUCUCGCUUCUCUAAGGAAAUAUGAUAGACCUAAUAGCGCAUAUGUCAAACUAGGAGGGAUGACUGGAGGUAUGAAGAGAACUGCAAGUUAAAACACUUUCCAAACCUUAGCCUCAAGAUAAGAAGAACUUAAAAAGAGAGAUUAUCUAACAGAGACUUAACUAACUUUUAACUAUUAAUUUCAUGCGAGCUAGAAAAAUUUAAGAAAAUCUCAAGUGCAAAUGGAUUACAGGUUAUCACAGCCAAAAAAAGUCAGAGGCAGAUUUACAGUCAGAGAUAAUGCCAAGACAAUCGAAUACUGA